UGCGUUGGUUUUCUAAGUGGUAGUCAAAACGAAAAUUCCGCGGCGUUCGAUUCGUUAAAAAUCCGACGCGCAGAGUUGAGUUCAAGUGAAAAACGGCGUGCCUAAACGUGAGUGCCGGGCCCCGAAAAGGGCUCCAACAAGGAUAUGGCCAGUUACUAUCAUACCAAUCAAGGAUUAGACCUCUAUAGGAGAGAUGAUUCCGAAAUUGAUAACAGUGGUAACGAGGACUCUGACGAGUCAGGGGGUGGAGAAGAACUUAAUUCGAGAAAGAAAAGUAUUAACAAAGGACGAUGGAGUAAAGAGGAGGAUGCUAGACUAAAGCAACUUGUUGACGAAUACAACGAAAAAUGGGAUAUAAUCGCCUCCCAUUUUAAAGACAGAUCCGAUGUGCAAUGUCAGCAAAGGUGGACCAAAGUUGUCAACCCUGAACUUGUAAAAGGGCCCUGGACGAAAGAGGAGGACGAAAAGGUGAUAGAGCUGGUCAACAAGUACGGAGCCAAAAAAUGGACUCUGAUAGCGCGUCAUCUAAAGGGCAGAAUUGGAAAACAAUGCAGGGAAAGAUGGCACAACCAUCUAAAUCCGAAAAUCAAAAAAAGCGCGUGGACCGAAACCGAGGACGACAUAAUAUACCAGGCUCAUAAAGUUUUGGGUAAUCAAUGGGCUAAAAUCGCCAAGUUACUGCCGGGAAGGACAGACAAUGCCAUAAAAAACCACUGGAACUCUACGAUGAGAAGAAAGUACGAAAACGAGAAUAGAGAGAAUGGCGAUUCCAGAAGGGGGCGCAAAAAAGUUAUUAAAAUCAUGGAUAAAACCAUGUACCAAUAUCAAAACAAUCGCGAACCUGCCGUUAUAGAGUGCAACUCCAACUCCAAAAACGACAUGUACAUGCAGGAUCAAGAUUGGGCUUUUGAUUUGUAUGAUCAGGGCAGCAGUCAGUCAAGUGUAGGCGCAUUUUCUGUCGGAGCUCCCACGCCAAGUCCAAGUCCCAUUACCCCAACGCCUUCCUCACAAUCCAUCAAUUUUGAAAGAACGAACCCCUCACCUCAGCCAGCUUUGCCUUCCUUUAGUUUUAUCAAUAAUUACACUACUCCACCAAGUCCUGUGAAGCUGACGCCCAUGGCUGACGAUCAUAUUGCCGAUUUUGAUAUGCACUUCUACAAUUCACCCGGUAUUAGUCCUUUGAAGGUUAACAGCCGGCAGUUUAUCAAAGCCCGUGUAGUGCUCCCCACCUACUCCCAAAACACUCUAGUACCUGUCACUAACGCGUUGAGCAUUCAGCGCGCCUCCACGCCACCCAUCUUGCGACGAGGUAACAAAUUACGAAAGCGGCGAGAAAGUCAAGACUUCAACGUUUACCCAAUGACAACAACGACGGCGGUCACGACGAACGAAAUCGAAUCACGGAUCCCUGUCACCUCCGAUGCAGACUUCGCGCUCGACAGCGGCGCUAAGCCUACGAUGAUGUCGCCGCUGCGAAACGGCAAUUCGCCCAUCAAACAGUUGCCGUUCAGCCCGUCUCAGUUCUUCUAUGGAACGCAUUUGACGUUUGACGUGCAGCUGUCAUCGACGCCUGUUAAGAGAAUACCGCAAGUGGGCACUCCCAAGUCUUCCAGACAUGAAAGGGAUUACAGUCCUUUAAGCACCCCGCACAGGAUGUCGACACAACCUAUAACCUCAGAAGCGUCGACCUCAGAGUCAGUGACGCCGAACAAGCGCUUCUUGACCGGCGAUACUCCACGAACACCCACACCGUUCAAAAAAGCUCUUGCCGAUAUCGCAAAGAAAUCUGGACCCAUUUCGGAUUUACCUGAUACCCCCACAAGGCUUGAAGACAUCACAGAAAUUAUGAAAAAGGAGCAGGAUAGCUCCAACUACGAAACUGACACUAGCAUGAUGGUCCAGAAUGAUAGUGGAUACAUGACAGGAAAGAGGAAGUCAAAUUUGGCAGCAGGAAAAGAAAAUGUUUUACCAAAUAAGAAAGUCAGGAAAUCUUUGGCACCUUCAUGGGCAUCCACAUCACAAACCAGUUCUUCGGACAUGUCUUUCGCCAUCGAAACUCCAAGCAAGUCAUUAACUGAUGAUACAAUAUUGUUUUCGACGCCAUCGUCGAUAAUGAAGGAUUCUUUGGGAGUGGCUGGUCUGAUGGAAUUUCCACCCCAUUCCGGAUCAUCCAAGCACCUGACCCCCGCAAGCGCCCUCCCGUUCCGUGCCACUGGCGCAGCAGCUGCCACAGGCCAACGCAGUACCGCAGCCAAACGGAUCACGUUCGAGGAGCACCCCAGACCGCACAAAGCUCCAAAGUUGGACACGUUGUGGGCAAUGGUGGCUUGUGGCAGAACUGUAGACCAAAUUGAGAUGACUGAAAGGGCUCAUCUCUUAUUAAGAACAAACGGUUUAAAACCGAGAUCGCUUAAUUUUUAAAUAUAGAAUUUAGAAGCAUGAUCCCACCUAAAAUAUUUUUUGUAUAAAAAAGAUUUGCACAAUGGGUUGUUUAUUGUAUAUUUUUAAGGUUUAUAAUUUGUUUUUGCUUGUAUUUUUUUACAGUAAAGGCAGUUAUUUAUGAGAAUUUUAAAAAUUCGAUUUAAAUAAUAAUUAUUUAAUGAUAUUGCAUACAUAUAAUUUUUGAAUUUUUAAAUUCUCUACAUAGUAUUUCUUUGAAUUAUUUAGGAUAUAGUACCUAUUAAGUAUAAAUCAUAAGCAUACACCUGUGUAUAGUACUAGUCUAUAAAAUUAACAAAAAUUGUAAAAUAGGCAUGACUAUUUUUAAGUGAUAAUAAUUUUGUAAUAUACUUGUAUGGAUAUAUAGUUUUUUGAUCGUUGUUGUUUGUAUUUUUAUAUAAAAAAUUUGGUAAACUAAUUUAUUUUUUAAAAUUUAAUUCAUGUUUGGCUUGUAAAGCUUACACAAAUUAUUGUUCAGUAGUUACUUACAGCUGAUUUUUGUAUUUCUGAAUUUAUAUUUAUUUUUACUACAUAAGAAUGUCAAUAAAAUUAUAUCUUAGUAAGAAAUGGUCUUAUUUUAAACUUAUAGACUUAUUAGGCUAGCCUAUAUGAAAGGCUUCAUAUUUCCCAGACAGCUGAGUAUCAAACUCGAUUUUAGCCAAUUAGCAUAAAAUUCUUGGUAUAUCUCAAUAUUUGGCCAUUUGUAGGGAUAUUUUUAGCCAUAUUUGACAAUUUUAAUUGUGUUAAUUGGUAUUUUCUCAAUAUUAACAUAUUUUGUAGGGUUUAACGUUGCCCUGCUUAAAAUACCCCAUAGAGACCCUGUUCAAACUGAUAGAUAUUUGUAUCGGGAUGUAUGGUGUUUCUAUAGGGUGUAUCAGUUUGUAUAGGACCCAUAGUUGAGAUUUAUGGUUGUUCUAUAGGGAUAUCCACCUUUGAUUAAUUUACUAUCGGUUUCAAUGGGG